GUGUGCAUUUGUGGAGUCUCAGGAAAGAGAAGGGCAUUCCCAAGGUCACACAGACUCGGGUACGAGGCAGGAGCUGGUGUUUCUUUCUGCUCUGCCCUGCACCCUGCACCCUCGUGUACUGGGACCAGGGUCACCCUCUGGAUUGGAGUUGGACAGGAGGUGGAGGCAGAGUGUGGGGGUCUGCUGAGACUCAGAUCUGGUCCUGAAGGUCCGGGGACCUGCUGUGUCCUCAGCCAUGCUUCAGAGAGAGCAGAGUGAGGCUGAUGAGGAGACAGGGACCUGUCACCCGGAGCCGGGACCCUGUCACACCCAUGCAUCUGCUUGUCCUGCUGGGCUCUGUGGACUUUAUCCAUCAUCAGUACCAUGGGGACCAUGGCAGACAGCACCACCACCUUGACCUUCAUUGUCCUCCUGGGCCUUGGGGUCGUCCCCAAACCCUCCAUCUGGGCUGACCCAGGCCCCAUCGUCACCCGGGGGAGCCCUGUGACCAUCUGGUGUCAGGGGUCUCUGCAGGCUGAAGCCUAUGUUCUGCAUAAAGAGAGGGGCUCUAGCCCCUUGGAAACGAGGAACCCACAGGACUCCAGCAAUAGGGCCGGUUUCCUCACUGAAGCCACGACCCCAUCCCACGCAGGGCUGUACCUGUGUGCGUAUUACACCCCUGGGAACAUACUCUCGGAGCGGAGUGACCCCCUGCUCCUGGUGGUGACAGGAGUGUACCCUGCACCCUCCCUCUCAGCCCAGCCAAGCCCUGUGGUGGCCUCAGGAGGGAACGUGUCCCUCUCCUGCAGCUCACAGACAUCUGGCACUUUCCAUCUGCUGACGGAGGGAGGGGCUGACCCGCCCCGACACAUGGAAGCAGAACCCAGGACCUAUGCUGGCUGGUCGCAGGCCAUCUUCCCUCUGGGCCCCGUGAGCCCCUCCCAUGGGGGGACCUACAGAUGCUAUGGUUCUCCCAGCUCCAACCCCAACGUGUGGUCACAGCCCAGUGACCCUCUGCACAUCGAGGUCACAGGUGUGCACAGGGAGCCCGCCCUCUCGGCCCAGCCAGGCUCGCUGGUGCUGCCUGGACACAGCCUGACCCUCCAGUGCCACGCGGAGGCCGGCUUUGACAGAUUCGCUCUGACCAAGGACGAGGGGCUCACACCCCCUCAGCGCCUUGAGGGGCAGCACAGCCCCGACUUCCCCCUGGGCCACGUGAACCGCACCCACGGGGGCCGGUACAGAUGCUACAGUGGACACAACCUCUCCUCUGCAUGGUCGGCCCCCAGCGCCCCCUGGACAUCCUGGUGGCAGGAUGGCUGUAUGACAGACCCUCCCUCUCGGUGCAGCCAGGCCCCAGGGUGGCCUCAGGAGAGAACGUGACCCUGCUGUGUCAGUCACGGAGCCCGAGGGACACUUUCCAUCUGUCCAAGGAGGGGGCAGCGGAUCCCCCCCUGCAUCUGAGAUCAGA